GCGCGCUUCAGAUGUUUUCGUUUAAACUCCUUUUUGCGCCCUACUAUGAGCAGAUCCCUUUGCCACCCAAAUAGUAUUCUUGUCAAUGCAUGUCAUCAUGCCACUCAAAGUCAUGCAUAGAAACGAUUUGUCGAGCUUGCAGGUCCGGUACAAGUCUAGCUAACACAACAAUGGUAGCACCCAUCUGGCAUUGCACAAAGGGCUGCCUGUCAAAGCGCAAACCUGCACCUCAAAUAAACUUCUAAGCAACUCUCCUUUUCGACCUACGAAUCUUUCCAAGCAUUCAAGUGGCUUUAAAUACGAAAGAAUGGGCUCAAUUUCUCAAGAGUCGCACUUCAAGAAGAUCCAGGACUUCGAGGCCGAUUACGCCGACGCCAAGUUCACCCAAUAUGAGUCGAAGCGUACGGGCUUAAGGGUAACGGUCGUCGACCGGAAAGGACCCAAGGUCUUCGGCUACUUUGCUGUCGCUACAGAGAUCCAUGAUGACUCUGGCUCACCGCACACCCUUGAACACCUGAUCUUCAUGGGAGGACGCAAGUAUCCAUACAAAGGCUUGCUCGAUAAACUCUCAACACGUUCGUAUUCGGACACCAAUGCAUGGACAGAUGUCUCAGAGACUGUGUACACUCUCUCCUCAGCCGGUUGGGAAAGCUUUGCGCAGAUCCUUCCUGUCUAUCUGGAUCACCUGAUUCUUCCUACCAACACUGAUGCUGGAUGCUACACCGAAGUUCAUCACGUCGAUGGCAAGGGCGAAGAUGCAGGUGUUGUGUACGCUGAGAUGCAAGCACGACAAAAUCUGCAAGGUGACAUGAUGGAUCUCCGCAUGCGACGUCUGUUGUACCCAGAAGAUGAUGGGUUCCGCUCGGAAACAGGCGGCUUGAUGGAGAAUCUACGUGUUCUCACCGCUGAGCGCAUUCGAGAAUUCCACCGAGAGAUGUACCAGCCGAAAAAUAUGCGCCUCAUCCUUAUCGGUGAGGUAGAUCACCCAAACUUGCUUGAAGUGCUGGACAGGUUCGAGGACGACAUUGUUGAUUCAGUUCCCUCUUACGAUGCGCCCUUCAAGCGUCCCUGGGUCGAGUCCAAGCGCACACCAGCGCUCACCAAAACCAUUGUGGACACUCUCGAAUUCCCGGAAGAGGAUGAGUCCACUGGAGAGGUUCAAAUUGCCUUCCUCGGACCCGCAUCGACGGACGAUCUGGCUGAGACAGCUGUGAACACAUUGCUCACCUAUCUUGCCGGAUCAUCUGUAUCUGUCCUGGUCAACACUCUUGUGGAAAAGGAACAUCUUGCCAGUGAAGUAUACUACUUUAUCAAGGAUCAUUACGAUUCCAUCAUCUGGUUCACUCUCAGCGCAGUCGACACAGACAAGCUCGAAGCUGCUGAGAAGCGUUUCUUUGAGGUUCUCAAGGAGCAUGUCAACGGUCCUCUUGACAUGAGCUAUCUACGUGACUGCCUUCAUCGCUUCAAGCGACAGGCUAAAUUCACGUCAGAGGUCAGCAACGAGGAGUGGAACACACCUAUCGUCAAAGACCACAUUUUCGGAAACCGCGACGGCUCUGACCUGAAGACUGCUAUGGCGGACCUCAAUGCCUUCGAUGAGCUUGACAAAUGGAGUGAAGACCAGUGGCGCACAUUCAUCAAGAAGUGGAUCUCGGAUGCGCAUCAUGUCACCUUGUUCGGGAAACCAUCAGCGGCUUUGAACGAAAAGAUGAAGGCGGAAGAGGUUGCGCGAGUAAAAGCACAGCAAGAAAAGCUUGGUGAAGAAGGCCUCAAGAAGCUAGGCGAGCAACUCAAGCAGGCGCAGGACCAGAACAACAGACCCAUUCCGGAGGAGCUGAUCGCAAGUUUCAAGAUCCCCAGCACAGAUUCGAUCCAUUUCUUCGAAACAACGUCUGCGAGAUCAGGGCUUGCUAAGAAGCUCGGUACGGGGGAAACUAAUAUUCAGAAGAUCAUCGAUAAGGACGAGAACGGAUUGCCUCUCUUCGUUCACUUCGAGCACAUUCCGACAUCCUUUGUGCACUUUGGUCUAGCCCUUGGGACAGCGGGUUUGCCCACAGAGCUGAAGCCUCUACUUAGCAUCUACCUCACGAACUUCUUCGCUACACCAGUCGUCAGAGACGGAAAAUGUAUUGAGUUCGAAGAAGCCAUCACCAAGCUUGAGCAAGACACCAUCGAGUAUACUCUAGGCAGAGCGACUGACAUUGGCAACUCCGAGAUGCUCCAUAUUCACUUUGUCGCAGAGGCAGAGAAGUAUGAGACAGUUGUCAAAUGGCUCAAGACACUACUCGUUGAUUCGGUGUUUGAUAUUGAGAGGAUCAAGGCAACGGUCAUCAGGCUAUUGGCAAACGUACCAGACGAGAAGCGUGAUGGUAAUGGUAUGGCACUCGCCAUUGACAAGAUGAUUCACUACGACACUACCUCGUCUGUUCGCGCUACCACCACUCUAGUCAAAGCUCUUUACCUGAAGCGGACCUUGAAGCUACUCGAGACCGAACCCCAACAAGUCAUUGACAAGCUCGAAGCCCUGCGAAAGCAUCUUCUUACCUUCUCAAACAUGCGUCUGCUUGUCACAGCGAACCUCGAGACUCUCCGCAACCCAGUAUCGACCUUCAAGCACCUGACAGAUGCCAUCAAACCAGACGCCAACCCGACUGUUAACCCCAUCGAUGACCGCAACGCGCUUCUCUCCGAGAUCGGCCGCAACCCUGGCGGUGCGCACUACAUCGUCACCAUGCCCAUCGACACAUCCUACGGUAUCUUCACAUCAAAGGCUCCCAAGGGCUACACUGCCCCAGAACUACCAUCUCUCCUCGUCACCUUGGCCAUCCUCGAAGCUGUCGAAGGACCUAUGUGGGUAGCCAUCCGCGGUACUGGUCUCGCCUACGGCAGCUCCUUCUAUCGCGACGUCGAAACUGGCAAGCUGAAGUACGUUAUUUACAACAGUCCGAAUGUCUUCAAGGCUUUCGACGCGGCCAAGACCCUGAUCAAGGAGCUCGCCGACGGUACCCAGUCGUUCGACAAAAUGGCGCUCGAGGGCGCUAUCUCAACCAUCGUCCGCGGCUUCGUCGACGAGCGCGACACCAUGGUCGAAGCGGCCAAAAGCUCCUUCAUCGACCUUGUCGUGCGUGGCGUCGAUAAGGACUGGCAGGAGUGGGUUCUCCGCGAGGUGCGCAAGAUCACCGAGGAGGACGUCAAACGCACGCUCAAGGAUAUCGUGUCUGCGGUGUUCCAGCCGCAGGAGGUCGACGUGGUGGUCACUUGUGGCGGGAUUCUGACAGAGAGCUUGCAGAAGGAUUUCGAGACGGCGGGAUUCAAGCCGCAGACUAAGGUCCUCGCGGACUUUUACGAGUCCUAUGGGUUGGAGGGCGAUGAUGACGACGAUGACGAUGAUGACGAUGACGAGGAGGAUAGCGAGGAUGAUGAUGAUGACGAUGAGGAAAGUGGGGAUGAGAUGGAGGAGUAGAUUUUAUCUAGAGUAUAGGAUUGCAAGGAGAGUAGAAAUUAGAGAGGUAUUUAGUGUGCGAGGUAGCGAACUUUGCUAUAUGGCAGGCUGCAAGCUCGCUACUACUCUUUGUAUCUGCGCAACACUAGCUCUUAAUUGAGAGAUCAGACUUCCAAUGCUACUACGCA